AUGGAGGAUUAUUCACAAUGGUGCUUGCAGAGCCCCAGCGCGUUCUCAAUCACCUCGGUCUCCUCGUGUCUCGAUAAAGAUACCACCUUUCAGUUGGAGCUGAUGAAUGGGAUGGAGCAUUUUGGAUUCUACCAGGAGAUAAACAUGAGCGCGACAUCAUUCCCAACCACGCCCAUAUCGUCACCAGUGUCGCCUCCUGAACCCGAUUCGCUUUCUCAGUCAGGCAGUCAAAGCUCCGUGCUCCAAAUCACCCAGCCAGGGGCUCAAUGCCAACGGCAUCAUCGCCGCGCUCAGAACCGGGAAGCCCAGCGCCGGUUUCGCAAACGCAAAGAAGACCUCCAGAAAAACCUCGAGCAGAAGAUCAAUGCCCUGGAAUCCAAAUGCCAAGAGCUGUCAACCGAGUUCCAGCAAGAGUCCGACAAAGUGGCUCAGCUCCAAACGGACAAGGAGGCACUGCUGUCUGAGAACCAGCAUCUGCGCAGGCUACGGGAAACCAUCGUCCACCUUGUGCAACAGCUGAAAGUUCUCCAAUCUCUAUCGAGUCUAGCCACGCUUUUGACCGCGAGCAUUAAUCCGCCAUCCCCGAGCGCAUCUCCGGGCGUGCAGAGAACCAGUGCCAGUGCCAGUGCCAGUUCCGCCGAUGAGACUUCGAUUACGGGGUGUCUGGAUGCGUUGUUAUUAAUCCUAAAUGACAAGCCUCUCAGCCCCAAGUGA